UAAAAAUCCUUAAACCCUCUCUCCUUCACUGAAACACUCGUCAAUCCACUUUCUUCUACAAUGAAGUUCGAGAUAUAGACUGGAAAAUGGACCAAGGGGAUAAUGCAUCGGAAAAUCAGCAGAAUGAGCUGGAACACCCGUGGUUGGUCGACCCCCAUAACAGGUGGUACGUGAUAUUCGAGUUCGUUGUACUAGCUUCUGCAGUAUACUCAUUACUGGUCACACCCUUAGAGUUUGGGUUUUUUAGGGGUCUACAUGGGAUCCUCUUGGUGUUGGACAUCAUUGUCCAUGGAUUAACCUUCGUGGACAUCAUGAUAAAGUUUAUUGUGCCUUACCCCGAUUACUUUGACCAAAUGGUUUAUGAUCAUAGAUUAAUUGCGCUGAGGUAUAUCAAGUCAUAUUUUCUUCUAGACCUUGUAUCGUGCGUGCCCUGGGGAAUUAUCUACAAGGCUUUUAGAAGAAGAAAAGGGGCAGAAGUGGUGAGGUGUCUUAUCUGGACAAGGCUGAUACGGGUUCACAGGCUGUUUGAAUUUUCCCAGAGGAUGGAGAACAAGAUUGUCAAGCAUUAUAUUAUCUCCAGGAUAGUCAAACUAAUACUCUGUCAGCUAUACUCGACGCAUAUAGCAGGUUGUAUAUUUUAUUACCUUGCUAAUGUGAUCCGAGGGGAUGAGACGUGGAUUGAUAACUUGGCAACCAAUAACAAGAAAUUCUUGCACUUCAGAGAGAUGCAUUUGUGGACACAAUACGUUACUUCGGUGUAUUUUUGCGUUGUCACCUCGUCAACUGUAGGUUUUGGAGAUAUACACCCGGUCAAUCGAAGAGAGAUUACGCUCACUAGCAUAUAUAUCACUUUUAACGUGAUUUUUGGUGUAUAUUUUACCGGUUGCAUUUCUGCAUUAGUAGUGAAAACAUCUAAGAAACUCAUUUACAUGACAAGUAUGGAUGAUCUUCACAAGUUUACAAAAAUAUACCGCCUUGGAAGACAGCCGUAUUUAAGAAUAAAACAACACUUACGCUUGGAAUAUGAAAGAGGGUAUAGUAACACGGAUCUUCUAAAGGAUAUCCCAGUCUCGGUUCGUGCAGAGAUAUGUCGAAGAUUGUACCGGCCAUGUUUGGAUAAUAAUUCUAUUUUUAACGAUUGCUCUGAGGAUUUCAAGAAUCAAAUAGUAACUCGGGUUCAUGAGGAACUUUUUUAUCCUGGAGAAGUCAUUAUAGAACGGGAGAAUUUUAUGGAUCAGGUCUAUUUUGUUUAUCAAGGUGUCUUGGACUCUGCAAUAGAAGUUGAUGGGCCCACACUUGCUCUAAAUCCUAACAGCUCGUUUGGAGAGAUUUCUGUUCUUUGCAACAUUCCCCAACCCUCUACUGUAUCCGUACGUGAAGAAUGCAGGCUCAUGCGUAUUGACAAACAGUCGUUCUGCAGUAUUCUUGAGACUAAUGUCCCUGAUCGGUUGAAGGUCUUGACUAAGUUGUUGGAGGGAAAUACAUCUAAUGGUCUGGCGGAGCAUUUGACUUACCAAAUUAAUAGACUACAGGUUGAUAUCGCUGAGAGCUUGAAAGCCGCAGUUCUUCAAGGGGAUGUGUAUCUACUUAAAACGAUAAUCACGUAUGGAGGGGAUGUCUCAAGAAAGGAUCAAAAAGGAAGGACCGCCCUGCAUCUUGCUGCAUCGGGAGGACACAAGGAUAUCACUGAGUUCCUGUUGGAAGUUCAUGCAAUGGAUAUCAAUGCUGCAGAUAAGCUUGGCAACACCCCCUUGUCGGAAGCCAACAAGAACGGACACCGCGAGAUUGCUGCAUUACUUGUUUCACGUGGGGCUUUAGCUAUUGAUGAUGGUCUGAUACAGCAGCCGCAGGUACAGCCGGUGCUGGCCACAAAGAUGUGCCGAGUGUUUGCAUGUAAUCCUUUUGCUGACCGCAAAGAAUGUGGACGCGGAUAUAGGAUCAGGGUUCCUACCAGUAUGGAUGACCUAAUUUCAAAUGCGACCGCCAAGCUGAAUAUGCCUGAUGCACAAUUCGUCGUAUUAAAUGAAUAUGGUUGUGUGGUUCCUGAAGUAGAUAUGAUCAGAGAUGGUGAUAGGCUUUAUCUCCGCUCAUUAUGAUCAUGGUAAUGCUUGGCCCAACCAUUUAACUAAUUACUAAGUCUCUUUUCCCCUUUUUCCCAUGGUCUCGUUGUUAUUGCUUUUGAAUUCUUGGUUCAGUAACUAAGUGUUGUUGGAGAUUGGAGUUUGUUGAAGUUGUGAUCUUGGGGAAAAAGAGCUUGUUGUAUUGCUUUAGCAACUGGAUUUCAUCUUUGUUUGGCUAACCAUGCUACACAAAUUCCUGCUGA